GCCUUAUCGUACGAGUGUCGAGUGCGCGGCUACGUAAACCGAACAAAUUCUUCCGUGAACCGUGCGAGAAAGUUUAGUCUCCCGGGGCCGUCCGAGGUAGGCCUGGAAUGCGGUCGAUGUUCGUUAGUGUGGAACGUAAAUGAGCAAUCGAGCGGUCUUCGAUUCCGUUCAGGUCGGUGCAAGAUAGUUCAGGACAGGCGAAGAGUCGUCCGUUUCGCGAUCCAUGGAUACGUCAUCGUCUCGCAAUCACCGUUAAAGCGCGGAGAACAUCGCGCGCGCGGUUCGCCGAUUAACGUGUCGCCGAUUUCUUAAGCAGGGACAGAGGUAGAAGGGUGGGAAGGGGGUUUACACGCGGGACGAGAGGAAAGCCCGAUGGGUGUCAGGGGAACAAGAAGAAGACGAGGACAGGCUCUGUACUCGUGUUGUCGUCUCGCGGUUGUCAUCUCCGUCAUCACGUCGUCGUCCUCGCCGUCAUCGUCAUCGUAUCGUCGUACCGUCGCGCUGCGAUCAGCAACGAAGGCGGCGAACAGGCCGCGCUGCUGGUCCCUGUUAUGCACGCAAGACAAGCGCCCAGCGGAGUGUUCAUAAUUGCACUGCGUUCGUUAGUGUUCGUGGCGGAGGAGGAAAGGGAAAGGACGCGACGAAGAGGAGGUGGCGGUGUAGGCGUAGGAGAAUACUUGACACACAGCCGUAGCGGAAGAGAGACGGGGAGAGAUGAGAAAGAGAGACAGAGGGAUGGAUUGAGCGCGGUAGAGUAGGGUAAGAGAACGUGGGCGCGAUUUUCUAUAUAAGCGCGUUCGCCGCGAGGGGUGAGUACCUGCCCGUCCGCGACAGUCGCGAACAGAGGACACGGGACUUGUUAAUUGUCCCACUCGUCUUCGUCUCUCCGCGGUCCAUUCGUUCGCACGUCGGUCCAUCGUGAGGGAAUGUUCACGAUGUUCUCCGGCAAAAUGAAGAUCGAAAUCUGUGAAGCGAGAAAGCUGCGGGCAACUGAUAAGCAGCGGAAGUUCUGGAAGGAGAAGGAGGAGCCUACGCUCGAUCCGUACGUACAGCUGGAUGUCGACGAGCUUCACCUGGCCCGCACGACCACCAAGUUGAAGACCUCGGACCCAGUCUGGAACGAGUGUUUCAUCCACGAGGUGCAGCAAGCGGUCCUCUUGGGUCUUACGAUCUUCCACGAUGCGGUACUGCCGCCGGAUUAUUUCAUUGCCAAUUGCAACAUCUCAUUUACGGAUCUUAUUAAAAACUUAUACGAAGGGAUCAACGAUUUCUGGGUUGAACUAGAGCCUCAGGGAAAGUUGCGAUUAAAAAUAGCCAUGUGGAACGCACCAAUUCGACAACCAAGUUUCUAUGGAGAAUAUAGUGGUGGGGAACAUAGUCGCAUUAAAGGCAAGAAAGACCGGCACGAAUUUAGGGAGAAAAAGCAACCUUUGAAUCGUCGGAGAGCGAUGCGACGAAGGAUUCACCAAGUAAAUGGGCACAAAUUCAUGGCUACCUUUCUAAGACAACCGACAUUUUGUUCACAUUGUCGGGACUUUAUAUGGGGCUUUGGCAAGCAGGGCUAUCAGUGUCAAGUAUGUACUUGCGUAGUUCACAAAAGGUGCCACAUGUUGGUGAUAACCAAAUGUCCUGGAAUGAAAGAUGAGUCAAACCAACAAGGCACAGAAAUAGCACGAUUUAGCAUAGAUGUCCCCCAUCGGUUCGCGAUUCAUAGUUACAAAAGAUUUACAUUCUGUGACCAUUGUGGAUCUUUAUUGUACGGUUUGAUCAGGCAAGGCUUACAAUGUGAAGCUUGUAACAUGAAUGUUCAUAAAAGAUGUCAAAAGAAUGUUCCAAAUAGUUGCGGUAUCAAUACCAAGGCUAUGAGUGAAAUACUGAAAACAAUAAAUUUUUGCGCAAAUAAGCAAUCAAGAGCUCCGAAAAUUAGGAUGUCUUCACGUCCGCAAACACCUACAAUCGUAGAAAAGGAAGAAGAUCAAUCAGAUGAUCAAAAAAAGGAUGAUAAGGGCUAUAAAAAAGAUAAAAAGGGAAUGAAAAAGGGACAAAAAAAAGGACAGAAAACAAUAAAAGAUCAGAAACAAACAGAUGAUCAAAAAAAGACAAAAAGAUAUUCAGAUGAUCUGACAGAAGAACUGUCAGACGAAGAUCAGUCAGACGAAAUGGGCAUGGACAAUUCACAAUCGAGUCAAAAAUUAUCAGACAUGCCAGCUUAUGCCAAAGAAGAUGAAGGAGCAACUAAUAGCGAAUUAAAAAAAUUUGGUUUAGAUGACUUUAAUUUUAUUAAGGUUCUCGGUAAAGGCAGUUUCGGUAAAGUAAUGUUGGUCGAGCGAAAAAGUAAUCCCGAUGAGAUUUACGCCGUGAAGAUCUUGAAGAAGACUGUUAUUAUUCAAGAUGACGACGUGGAUUGCACGAUGACGGAAAAACGGAUUUUAACCCUCGCAGCCAAACAUCCUUUCCUGACAGCCAUCCACAGUUGUUUUCAAACAGCUGAUCGACUUUUCUUCGUUAUGGAAUAUGUGAAAGGAGGUGAUCUGAUGUUCCAUAUUCAGAAAGCUCGGAAGUUCGACGAACCGAGGGCACGUUUCUAUGCAGCAGAAGUGAUACUUGCACUUCAAUUUCUGCACAGAAAUCAUAUUAUAUAUCGCGAUCUGAAGUUGGACAACAUAUUAUUGGAUGCGGAAGGACAUUGUAAACUGGCGGAUUUUGGAAUGUGUAAGGAGAAUAUAAUUGAGGGAGAAACGACAACAUCGACAUUUUGUGGUACACCGGACUAUAUAGCUCCCGAAAUACUUCAAGAAUUGCCAUAUGGUGCUAGUGUCGAUUGGUGGGCUCUCGGUGUUUUGUUAUACGAAAUGGUAGCGGGGCAACCACCAUUCGAGGCCGAAAACGAGGACGAUCUGUUUGAAUCGAUUUUACGAGAUGACUUGGUGUUUCCGGGGUGGGUUUCUCCGGAAGCCGAAUCUGUUUUAAAAGCCUUUAUGACCAAGAAUCCUGCCAAGCGAUUAGGUUGUGUUGCAGCCGAAGGUGGCGAAAGUGCCAUAAGGGUUCAGCCAUUUUUCAAACAUCUGGAUUGGGAAGCUCUUGAAGCGCGUAAAAUAAAACCUCCAAUCAGACCUAAAAUUAAAAAUGAAAAAGAUGCCUUGAACUUUGAUACGGAAUUUACGAAGGAGGAUCCAGUGUUAACGCCGGAGAGUGCAGACAAAUUGAGCGACAUCAAUCAAGAAGAAUUUCGCGGUUUCUCCAUAGUAAAUAAGGACUUCAAUCCAUUCAGAUCUUAGGCCUGCAAAAUAAGAAAACGCAAGCAGGACUGUAAGGAGUACUUACCCUUGUUUCCCGGACACCCGGAUCCUCACGACACCGACGCGCCUUUCGAGCUUGUACGAGAAUGGGAAUUAUUUGCAUCUUCCAAGUAUAAAGGUGAUGUGAGGGAAGGGGGCCCGAGACACAUUCGUUGACGGUGCAUCUUACGCUAUUGCUAGAGUGAUCAAAUGUUGACCAGAGAAUCGCAAAUUCUAAGCGCCAGGAGUAUUAACUUCCGACGGAGAUUGUAUCGAUACUUUUCUUCUCCAAUGUACUUCCAUAUGUAUACCUCCUGCUAUCCACAUCGUAGAGCUCCUGUGAAUCAAAUACAUGGAGAUAUCGUGUAUAUUGAUUCGUUCUGCGAUGUCUUUAUGUCACCGACGAGAGCCGUAAUCCGAUUACGGUCGCUAAUUGCACGUCUCCUUAUAUUUAUCGGCGUUUUUUCUUGUCCCCUGUGAAUCAUUUAUCUUCUUCGGCCCGUCGACGCGAUAGAGAAUUAUCUCGAUGUAAAAGUACCUGACGAAGACAUAAGAUGAUCGAUAGCUCGCAUCUCUUCGUAUUCUUGACAUCGUCGAACAUAAUUUUUGAGUCUAUAUUCGCUAAAACUAUUUAUGAAGUUUCGUCGACGUACGUGCAUCCUUCUUCGGCCCGUCGACGCGAUAGAAACCUAUCUUGAUGUAAAAAGUACCUGAUGAAGGCGCAAGACGACCGUUAGCUCGCGUCUCUUCGUAUUCUCGGUGUCAUCAAACAUGAUUACUAUGCUCAUAUUUUUUCACUAAGUCUAUGAAGCUUCAUCGACGUGUGCGCAUUCAUCUUCGGCUCGUUAAAGCGAUAAAAAAGUACCUGACGAAGACGCAAGACGACCAUUCGAUCACGUCUCCUCGUAUUUGUGACAUCUUUAGUGACGUGAUUAUCGAACUUAUAUUCUCUUAACAUUUUGAUGAAGCUUCGUUGGCGUACGUGUAUUUACUAUGAAUCUAGUCAGAAUGGAGAUUUAAGGAACGGAGAAUGUUAUGGAGAAUGAAUCAAAGUCUAGAGAGAAGAGAACGAGAGAAACGGGUUAGUCCGGCCUACGCUUUAAGAAGAAGAAAAAAAAGGCAUUAAAGACGGUCUCGUGCGUUAUUUCGAAAGAAAAUUAUAAUUAUAUCGCAUAAUUAUAUUGUUAUGUCUAGGACUAUAAUAUACGUGCAUUAAAUCGGUAAAAAAAA